UUCCCGACUGAGAUGGCAGAUUCGCUGCCCAAAGUCGAAUCACCACCUCGUCCGAUUGUUUACUCGAAUGCUGUGAACUACGGCUUACUAAGCUCAGCGCGAUCCUCUACCGAAUUUCCCGUUUCCGUUUCUAAUUCUUCAGCACAAGCGACAUCUUCCUCUCCCAACCACACACAAAGAACAGUAGAGCAGCCUUCAAGUCCUUCCAUUGGAUCCAACCAUCUAGCGGUAAAAGGCAAUGGUGAUCACCAUCGACUGGCAGCUUCGCGAUCUGAAGUUCGAGCCGUUGCAGCCGCUUCAGUUGUAACGGACAGAGCAGAGCUAAAGGUCAAAAUUACAAACAUGAGCAAGAAGACAGUGGCUGGUACCAUUCGAAAUGCGUUCAUUCAAUAUGGCGAACUAGAGGCCGUUGACAUUAUACUCGACGAUAACGAUUUACCUAGUGGUUCGGCUAUUCUGCUUUACAGACCACGACCCCAGAAUCUCAAUUUCUUGAAGCAACCACUUACUUUGGACGGAAGAAGUAUAAAGCUCGAAAUCACCAAACAAGAUAAUUACAAUCGCCGUGAUUGGAGGGAUGGGCGGUUGAGGUCACAAAAGGCAAGGUUUGAUGCGCAGAAGAUGGACAUGGGCAUCAUGUCUACACCGAGCACCUUCAUAUCGGAAUGGAGUACGGAUCAAGACGUUGGAUUUGCUUUCAACUUCAAAAAUCGCAAUCUGCAACUGUUCUUUUCAUACAACCGAGAAAAGUAUCGACUGGAGAGUAGGUUUAAGGAUAUCGAUGGCGAUAUUCGGAUGGUUCAAGUCAACAAGUCGUAUUAUAUGACCAUUUAUUUCAAGAAUCCUCCAAGGUACUGGAAGCAAAAUCCCAAGGGCCAACGUAUGACCAAGUUCAGCUGGUCUAUGAGUGAUCAGUGGGAACGCAUCACAACUAUACCUAUAGCCUUUUCUGUUCCCGGGACGGCUAGUAAGCGAAGAGAACCUCUUAUGCCCAUUGCACAACCCUACAGUGUCAAUCUUGGACAAUGCGUCGUUUAUCACUUGCAAAUCACGCCAACACAUCGGUCCAUCGACCAGUUUAAGCAUUUGAUCGAGGAGGCUGUCAGCUACAAUCUGUUUCCACGCCCAUCAUCGAUGCAACUCAACACACCACUCACCAUACGACCUUCUUCAGAGAUAGAGAAACCAAUCGAUCACAUUGGGCGAGCCACAUUGCCUUUUGACGUUCUAUAUAUGCUUGAAUGCGCUAUUUGCAGUCGGGUUCUCAGCGAAUACAACCUCAACGAGCAAUUUUAUGACAUGCUACAUAAGCUAGAUCCUGAAGUUUCUUGUCGAAUAUUGGAAACCUUCAUCAGUUCCCGCAAACGUGUGUGGAAUCCUAUUAGAGAAUUUCAAGACACUUGGGAUAAAAUGGGUCGUCAACUUCUCAAACCUAGGAAAGUCCCGCCACAGUAUGCUCUCAUCCGAAAAUUUCUGGUCACUCCGGCGACCAUGUAUCCUCAGGUGCCCAACAUGGAAACCACGAAUCGAGUAGUGCGGCAUUUUCAUCAACAUGUCGACCGGUUUGCUCGAGUGCAAUUCCUUGACGAUUCGCUGAGCAGAAUAGGUGCCUCGCCACGCGGAUUUAGCAACGAGGCUUUGUACAAUCGCAUUUUCGAUGUUCUUCAGAAUGGAAUACAGAUUGGGUCUCGGCGAUACGAAUUUCUGGCAUUUUCAAGCUCUCAACUUCGUGAGCAUGGAUGUUGGUUCUUUGCACCUACCCAAGAUCUACGAGCGAACCAUGUUCGAGCUUGGAUGGGAAAUUUCUCCAACGUCCGCAUUGUCGCAAAGUACUCUGCUCGGAUGGGCCAGUGCUUUUCAUCUACCCAAGCCGUUAUUCAGCUUUCUGAAUCAGAGGUCAAAACUAUUCCAGAUGUCGUUCGUAACGGAUACACGUUCUCAGAUGGUGUAGGAAAAAUAUCGCCAAAGUUAGCUGGUGACAUUGCGAACCUGCUGGGCUUAAUGUCUAUACCAAGUGCCUUUCAAUUCAGACUUGGCGGUGCCAAGGGAGUACUUACGUUGACGACAGAUACUGAUAAUAGACGUAAAAUCCAGCUGCGGCCAAGUCAGAUCAAGUUCAAUACCGAGCAUUCUAUAUUGGAAGUGAUUCGUCCGUCAACCUAUAUUCCAUCAUACCUCAACCGACAAGCAAUCACAAUUUUAUCUAGUCUUGGUGUUCCAGAUGAAGUGUUCCUCGACAUGGUCAAUUCAAUGCUCACUUCAAUGAACAGAAUGCUCAGCAAUGCACCAGAGGCCAUCAGAAUUCUUCAGGCCAACGUGGAUGAAUACGGAACGGCAAAAUCUAUGGCUCAUAUACUUUCUGCUGGCUUUCUUGAGAAGAAGGACCCAUAUAUUAUGAAUCUGCUCAACUUGUUUCGAAUGUCCCAACUUAAAGACCUGAAGAAGAAGGCUAAGAUCAUUGUCCCUCAAGGAGCCUAUUUGCUUGGUGUUAUGGAUGAAACGAACAGCUUGAAGGAGAACGAAGUGUUUGUACAGAUAUCGGCUGGCACGAAUGACUCUAAAAACCACAGACAGAUUAUUCUAUCGGACUGUAUCUUAUUCCGCAACCCUUGCUUCCAUCCUGGUGAUAUUCGUGUCGUUCAGGCGGUCGAUUACCCUGCCUUGCACCAUCUUGUCAACGUCAUCGUCUUUCCUGCUCAAGGCUAUCGAGAUCUCGCCAGCAUGUGUUCUGGAGGUGAUUUGGAUGGUGAUGAUUAUAGUAUCUUUUGGGAUCCCAAAUUGUUACCUACGAUCAAGAACUAUCCGGCUAUGGACUAUAAGGCAGAUGAACCGCUCACUGUUGACAAUGUCACCAUAUCGCAUGUACAAAAAUUCUUUGUAAAUUACAUUAAUAACGACAACCUUGGCCAAAUUGCCAAUGCUCAUUUGGCUACAGCCGAUCGCUCACCACGAGGCGCUAUGGAUGGAGCAUGCCUUCGACUUGCUCAGCUACACUCCCUUGCUGUUGAUUUCCCAAAAUCCGGUAAACCUGCCAAAUUAGAUGACGAACUGCGCGUCCGAGUUUUCCCUGAUUUCAUGGAAAAGAAAGACAAGGAAAGCUACGAGUCACAAAAGGUUCUGGGCAGAAUAUACCGUUUGAUUGAUAAGAAAGACUACAAAAAAUACAAAGAUGUCCUGACCUCGGAAGCAAGCUACGAUCAUCGAUUGUAUGUGGAAGGCAUGCAUCGAUACAUUGCCGAAGCUCGCGAACUCAAAAGCAACUAUGACCGUGAUAUAUUAUCAUUGAUGAACCAGUAUGGUGUCCUCUCUGAAGCCGAAAUUGUAUCUGGAUACAUUAUCAAGUGGUUAAGAAAGGAUAACAAACGCCGCAGCCAUGAAGUACACAAGCAGACCUUCCUGAUGUUGAAGCGAAAGCUGCGGCAUGGCACUAUGUGACAUAUCACGAAGAUGAAGCUGCUCGCAUUGUACAGAAAUCUCCAGACCAACAGCGAUUUUUCAGUUUUUGCUGGAUCGUCGAUACCCACCUAUGCAACAUAGCCAAAAAAAAUAGCCAGCAAGUGACCAACCUUGUCA